UGCAUUGCAUCUGCCACCUACCGCUCUGCUUGUAUUAUUUGCUCCCAUUCAUUGCUGCCCCAAUUCACAGCAUAUGCACCAUAUAGAUAGAGAGGAAGGGAAGAGGAGUGUGCCCCUGCCUAAACCCUUGCUGAAUCCUUGCUAGCCAGGCCACCAGAUACAAGUGAAGCAGCAUGAAGAAGCAGCAGCAGAUCCUCUUCCUCGUCGUCGUCUUCAUCCUCAUGGUGGUGCUUGCUGAUGAUGAUCUAAAGCAGCUGCAGGUGAAGCAGCAACUCUGGAGCACCAGCAGAUCCCUGCUCCAGCAGGCUCCUCCAAAGAUAGACUGCCCGUCGGCGUGCGUGGUGCGGUGCGCCAACAAUUGGAAGAACGAGAUGUGCAACAAGAUGUGCAACGUCUGCUGCAACCACUGCAGCUGCGUGCCCCCGGGCACCGGACAGGACACCCGCCACCUCUGCCCCUGCUACGACACCAUGGUCAACCCUCACACCAAGAAGCUCAAGUGCCCCUAAUGUACCACAUGACAUGAGAAAGAAAGAAACAAGAUGCAUCAGCAUCUUGCUUGCUAUAUAUGGAUAGCAGCAAUCUCUGCAGUGCUUGCUACAUAUGCUUCAUCAUGUUCUAUAUAUUGUAUAUCAAUAAAUAAACAGACUCAUCAUGAUCA